AUAACCACCGGCUGCUUUGCGGCGAGCAACGCCAUCUCCAAAACAUCGCCUGCCCUGCGCCUCUUCAUCCGAGGCGUGCGAGAGGCACGGGUUGAGCUCGAUGCCACCCUGGCCGAGAUACAGUCACUAGACGGCGUCCUAGACAUCCUCAAGGAUGAUGCUACCUCAUUUCCGCCGGACCUGGCAAGGCGCACGCCGGCGCUGCUCGAGCACUGCACGGCUAUUAUCAACCAGAUCGAGGGAUAUAUGCACGUCUGCAAUGGCCUGGGUCUGACGGCGAGGGAGAAGAAGUUUAGGUGGCUUGCCAUCAAGGGUGACAUGGUGAAGCUGAGGUUUACUCUGGAGGGAUACAAGUCCAUCUUGGCUGUCGUGACGGACCUGGUCGGCCUAACCAAAUCUAGAAGGGAUAACGACGGGCUUUCCGUUUCCAGCGACUCGUCCCGUUACCUCGAGGCCGUGGAGAAUCAAGCAGCCGCGAACGACGACAUCAAGAACGAUCUGACCCACAUCAUGGCAGAUAUGGGCAGCCUGCGCGGCCGUCUUCAGGGCGACUUCCGCUCCAACUACGCCGUGUCGGACCUCGAGAGCUACUUGGAUGCCAUGCAGCUGCACGCCACCAACCUGAACUACCGGAUGGAAGCAGAGAGGCUCGACAACGCAGAGGAGGGCGCUCUCCCGCGUAUUCCGCGCAGGGCGGCUGGGCGCGAGGAUCAUCGACACGCUUCUGCAGGAUCCAACUCCUCCUCCCUGGGUGAUGAGCCGGACAGUGCUAUCGACAUGAACGACGGCCCUCCAUUCCCAAGCCCGAGAUCGCCGACCAGAGAGAAAGAGCCCAGCCUACGCAGCAGCAGCAGCCAACUCCGCCCGCCCACGGCAGCAUCUUCCAAGGCAGGCAGCGUCCGCAGCACCAGCUCCCGCCUCUCCUCUGUGUUCCAUCGCCUCAGCAGCUUCCGCCGCCCACGCAACGAGGUGAACACCAUGGCCGCGACCGCCGUUCUCGAAGAAGAUGCCGAGCCCGACGAUAUCUUUGGCGUGUCGCUCAAGAAGUCAAUGCAGAUGGCCUCGGCCAGCGUGCGCACCCACCACGACGGGUCCAAGGCCUCCUCGCGGCGCGAGUUCCCGCGCUGCGUCUUCAUGUGCGUCACCUUCGUCAAGGAGAACGGCGGCGUGCGCGUGCCGAAUAUCUUUGGCGGGGACUACUCGAUCGGGUGCGGCAGCGACAGCAUCGUGCGCGUGGCCGCGCUGAAGGAGGCGUUCAGCACGGCGCCGUAUUAUGGCGAGGGCAAUAUCGACUGGAGCGCACAUGAUGUGUACGAUGCUGCCGAGCUGAUCAUCCUGUUCCUGCAGCAGCUGCGCAAGCCUCUCAUCACAGAAACCGUUGCCAAGCGGUGGAUUGUCAUGUCCAAGCAGGCCACCCUGCCUGGGUCUAUGGGCAUGCGCCUCGACUCGUGCAUCGACUUCUGGGAUGAAGCUCUGCUCGGGAUCAGGGGCCCUGCGAGGAGUUUGUUCAAGCUGCUGCUGAACCUGUGGGGCGACGUGGCGGAUGCUGCGGAGUUGAACGAUAUGACGGCCGAGAGGCUGGCUUCGAGACUGCUCAAUCCGCUUAUGCAUCUGCCUGCGGGCAAGUACACGACGGAUUAUAUGCUGGGUCUGGCGUUUCUGAUUCGCAAGCGGAGCGAGUAUGCCAUCAUGCUGAGGGAGGGGAGGAAAAGUCAUGCUGCGUUUUGA